CGUGAAUCCCGCGCGUGUGUUUAGAGUGUUGGCACAACUAGGAUUGAUUUUCAUUAAAAAAACAUAAAAAAUCAUAUACUGUAUAGCUCAAGGGGCCAGCAGCCAUCGUUUGCUUCUCUGCAACCCUAGCGCCGCCGUCACCCACAACAACGCCUCCAAUUUCCACCUUCACGGCGCUGCCCUUCAUUGUCCAGGCGUUGUCUAUCGUGUGCAGGGUUCCUCCCGCCCUCUGUUCUCCGUCCUUGCAUUUCUCGGGCUCCAUCGUCCUCUCUGCGCUCCAGUUCUCCUUCAACCCAAUCGAAACCUUCGCCGGUCGCGCCCUUCAACCUGAAAAUUGUGUCAUUCAUCACGCCGUUUGGGAGUCAUGCAACCUUGUUUUACGCCCAGAUUGUGGGUGUUUUCGAGUCAUGCUUCAGCGUUUGCUCUACAACACGUUUUGCCCUAUUUGCGAGUGUUCGCAGGAUUCUGUUUAACGCUUUCCAAAUUUUCUCUUCGCAUUGCACAGCAGGUGUUCGACGAAAUCCCCCAAAAAGACAAGCAGAGCAACAUUAGUAUAUUGGGCCCUCUUUUUUCUCAUAGGUGCAGCCCUCUCUUUUUUUCUCAUGUUGAUUAACCUGCGUUUGGGUUCUAAUGUCUCUGUUUGCUCUCUAACAUGUUCAUAGAAUUUUGCUGCAUGAGAAUAUGUUCAUAAAUUUUGUAGCAUGAGGAUCUACAGCAUUGUCUCAUUCUAUUACAAAAUCUGGUAUUUUCUAUUAAGGGAAAAUAAACUGUCUUGUGAGGAUAAGCCAAUGAUCUAGUCAAUUUGAAGCUGCUGUAAAAACUGGUACUGGCUAUAUGAAAAUAUUGCUGCUGAUCCUUUUAUUUUUUUUGGCCAUGAACUGACAUUGUUGCAUUCUUGUUUGGAUUGCCAGUUCUUUUCUGAAAUUUAAUCUUCUAGUCAGUUCAUGGAAACAGUGCAUUGUCAAUUUUGCUGCUAUAUUUGCACCAUAGAGAAGCUAUAUGUUAUAUUAGUAUUGUCAGGAACAAGUGGAUAUCUGCCUUAACAAAGAAAAAGGAUAAAUAAAGAUUAGUAAAUAUGCUUCUAAACUAUUCCUUCCUAAUGAACAAAAUAGACUUUGGGUUGGUGUUUUGAUGAUAAAUGUGAUGGUGGGGUUUAAAUGAUUUUUCAGUGUUGGGGUUUAAUUGUUAUUUUAUUUUUGUUUCCCUAUUUUUAAGUUGAGGGCUCGUUCGUUUUAACUAAAUUUUUGUCUUGUGAGGAUAAGCCAAUUCAUAACACAAAUGAAUCCAAGACGUUUAAGUCUUUGUUUGGGAAGGAAAAAUCUGGUCGAGUUCGCUGCUAUGGAAGAACGUUAACACCAUCCACGAUGAAAAAAAAUGAAGAAAUUUCUGCUAUUAAGAAGCAACAUAAAGAUGAAAUGACUGGUAUGAAGAGGCAGAUGGAUGGAUUAACAUUACUUGUAAGGAACAUGCUGAAGUUACAACACCCAAAUUUAGAUGAAGAAGAGAUCUCUAAUAUGAUGGAAGCUGCUCUAGGCAAUGAAAAUAGUGUAGCUCCGCAUUCGUCUGCAUCGAUCUAUGUUCCCCCUCACGAAAAGCAGAAUGGGGAGAAUGAUGAUUUUCAAGAAGAAGGAGAUGGAGAUGGAGAUGGAGAUGGAGAUGGAGAUGGAGAAGGAGAAGGAGAAGGAGAAAAAGAAUAUUGAUUGCUUUUGGAAUUGAUAGUAUUUUCUUAUUUUGAAAGGCUGUUUGGAACUUAGUAUGACAUGUUGAGAUUUUAUUUUGUUGAUGCUUAUGUUGAUUUUAACAUUGGCACGAAUUGACUAGAAGCUGUCAAGUUGAACAUGAUUAGACAUUGCCAUUUUUUUUUGUAGUACCUUUAUUUUUGGCUCUUUGUGUUCUAAAUACAAUAUUUGUGUUAAUUAAGAUUUGGUCUUAGUUUCAUGCGAUUCAGUUUUUUGUAACGACUCUA